AUGUGCCACAUCCUCAAGGGUGACUCGGAUUCUACCGAGGAGCUUAGCUUCCGACUUGGAGGGCUAAUCAUUACCCCAGAGGAGUUCAAGUCAUUCCCAGGUGUCAUCAAGCGCGCUGGAACCGUUUGGCAUAAAGGGUAUGCGGAAAGGAACUAUUGGCCAACCGAGCUUGAGGUCGCUUGCCUAGUGUGGGCAGUGCGCAAGACACGGCAUCUGAUCGAGGACUGUCGCACUCCAGUGGUGAUCUACACAGACCAUUCAGCGACAUGCGAGAUCGCGCGGCAUACACACUUAGGUUCGUCAGCAGUCGACAAGCUCAACAAGCGCUUGAUUCGUGCGUCGCAAUAUUUAAGCCAGUUCAACCUCGAUAUUCGACACCGUCCGGGUAAGUCAAACCUUGUGGCUGACGGACUGUCUCGGCUGCAGUACGACAUGCCCCAUCCGAAUAGCGACGAGCUGGAGGAAAUAAUCGACUUUGACGUGCAUGCCUUUUCUAUAACAACAGUGCGGAUCGACGACGCAUAUGCGGAGGCGAUGCGGAAAGGCUACGCCGUCGACCCGGUGCUUGCGCGCAUUUGGACCAACGUCGACGACAAGGCGAAAGCCGUUCAUUUCGUGAAAGAAGACGAUUUGCUGUUCUUUUUCGAUGCGGACGGGGCGGAACCCCUUUGUAUUCCCGCCACUAAGGAAGUGGACAUCUUUCAAGAAAAUCAUCUCUCACUAGGAUACACAACAAUCCGAUCCAAAUCCGCACCUUUGUGA